GAUCUGAGUGCGGCGCGAUAAUCACUCUUGACAAUUGAAUUCCGCGCGCAGUCACACUUUUGAAUUCCGCAUCAUGGCGACGUUGGUGGCAGAUGCGAUCGCGGAGCUUAAGCGCGGAGACGCGUCUGCUCUGGCGAAAAUAAUGGCGCAGCGUAGGGUUCAACGCCGCAAGCCUGGAAAGGGGAAGCGCAAGACGAAGAAAAAGAGCGCUGACGACGGUGAGGCUGAGGAGGAGGACGCCGAAACCGACGCGGAUUCCAUACAGGACAAGUCGCAGUUGGGCGACGAGGUGCGCGCGCUGCCUCGUGAACAGCUGGACGCUUUCUACCCUGCGGCCGUGCAGCUUGUUGCCCCGAGUGACAACGAAGAGGAGGAGGCUAGACGCCUACAAGCCCGCGAGUGCAUCGCCGAGUUCACGGCGCUGCUCGUUGAGACCAAAGGUGCGGCCAUCGACAAGGAAGAGCUCUUCGCUGUAGCUCAAGAGCUUCACGACCAGCUGCUGAGACUGAAAGGAGACGCAGACCAAGUGCUGGCCACCCAGGAAGCCAUCUCACUGCUCUGUGAGGCAUGUUGGAAGCACAACUUCUGCGGUCGUGCUCAUUCGUUGGUGACGCAGCUGUUGCCAUACUUAAUUGUGCGUAGUUACGAGUCCCCACCGACGGGCAAUCUCAACUCGAAGAAGCAUCCGAUUCGUAGGCUGUUUGCGAUUAAGGACGCACUGCCGCUACUGGAUUUCGACGACGACAGCAGUGGUCUGUUGAGAGAUAUCUUGCUGCGCUGCUAUAUCCAGCCGACAUUCUUUAGAUCACCCGACGCUGUGCCAUUCCUGAGCUUCUUAUUCACAUUGCACGUUCCGUUUGUGGAGGAUAUUAACGAGACCAUUAGAAACCAGAUCCCGAACCAGCGAAACUCGAUCCUUGUCAAAUACGGCAGCAUCUACUUCAAAGCUUGGGUUGGCAGUAAGGGCACCUUCAGAGAGAAAAUCGAAGAGGAAUGCAUUCAGCGAUACGUCCGUGAUGCGGUUCAUUCGGGUAGUACUUCUCUCUUCAAUGCGGUCCGAACCGUGCUUCAAAUAUUUUUCGAGAACAAGCGACACCCGGGCGUGGACGAAAUGCUAUACCGCAUCUGUAGCCCCAUCCUGUGGCGUGGUGUAAAAGCUCCCAACGAUUCCGUCCGACGUCAGGCGACUAUUCUGCUCUUCGAUAAUUUUCCGCUCCGUGAUCCAGCGUUUAGCAACGAAAUGAUGGAUCUGACUCUCCAGAAGCAGUUUGACACGUUCGAGGAGCUUCUUGGUGAUUCUCACCCUGCGUUACGAGUAGCAGCGAUUGAAGGUGUGUCCAAGGUGCUUUCUGUGUAUUGGGAGCUGCUUCCGGCUGAGACGAUCCGGUGUUUCAUCUCGAAGCUUGUGGUAGAUUUGGUGAAUGACGUGUCCUCCAGUAGUGUUCGCGCAGCAGUGUUUGAAGGCAUCCAGUUUAUCUUGGACAACCACAACUCGCACUCGAUUCUGAAGCCACUCCUUCCUAUGCUCGCUCCUCUGAUCAAUGAUCGAAAUGAGAAAGUACGUGCUGAGUUCGGUGCUCUAUUGGUCCGAAUCAAGAGCAUCCGGAACUUGCACUUUUAUGAUGUUGUACCAGUGAACGACUUGCUUUGCCGGAUGGUCAUGGAUCGUGACUGCGCUCUGGCAUGCAAGCAGCUCGUAUCGCUGUUCUUGAACUCGUAUUUUCCGCAGAGUGUCGGCGGAUCUUCGCAAGUGGCUCGAUGUCUCGCUCUAGUGAGGAAGAAUCCAGAAGCUGCCAUGGUGUUUUACGCAAACGUGGUUGAGCACGUGUCGGUCGGCUCUGUGUGCAAAUUGGCUGCCCUCUUGCUUCGCUGCUCUCUGAACUUUGUAUCUCGGCGGUUGAAACAGCCCCAAGAAUCGGAAGAUGAUGAUGAGGAGGAAGAUGAAGACGACGAUGAAGAGGAAGGCUUCAGUGUGAUCGGCCAAGUUGUCGUGCUAGAAGUAAUCGGAAAUCUUCUUAAGAGCGUGCACGUCAAAGUGCUGGGCGACGCUCGCUACUCCGAGUGCAAGAGCUUUUUGCGAGAGCAGCUAAACGUCGAGUCGCUUGAAGCGCUCCUUCUUGCUUAUAAUGAAGGUCGUCCGUAUGAUCAAGAAGCCCUCAGCUCCAUUUGGAAAAUCAUCGGCUACCUGGGUGAUUUGUCGGAGGGCGUCUUGCUGGAGCGGCUGGUGGAAAACCUGAUGAAGAUGAAUGAAAACUUUAACAGGAAGCUCUUGGAGUCGAUGGUCGAUUGCAUGGUGCAAUGGGACCAGCUCGCGUUCUUGACGUCUAAGCUGGAAAAGUUUCUCGACCAAUGGAGAAAAAACAAGUUCCGCUCCGAUACGGCGGGCUCGAAAUCAAAGAAGGGCAAGAAGGCAGAGCUGAACCCCGUCGUGGUACUUGGUACUGUUGAGUACAUCGCUCAGCUACAGAAUGUCAAGAAUCUCAACACCUUGCUCCACCCUAUCGUUGAGGCUCUGAAUCGAUGCAUCGAGCCGCUUCUCGAGUUUGACGCUGAUGAAGCUGAACAAGCGUACAAGGCGAACUCGUUUGGAUUUAUUCGCAUGUUGGAGGUGUACGCAAAAGUCGUAGUGAUGGCUGAAUGUGCUCACGUGAACGAUGAAACAUCCUUGCUGGUAGAGAAGGCAGCGAAGCGCUUGAAGAAGAAGGACGACUUACGUGACUUGCAGCCAUCGGAAUUCUUCACGCCGCCGAAGUCGCUCAACUCGCUUUUUGCUUGGCUUGCUCGACUAAUGCUAGACUUCCGCAAGGAGACGGAGGCGACAGAGCAGACGACGCACGGAAAGAAGCGACGUCGAGGUAAUCACGCGGAUGAGGACCAGCUUUCACCUCAAAAGGAGCUGCUGAGGCGGUGGCGCAACCUCUUCUCACUCGUGUCCCUCAUGUCGGCGGAAAGUGUAGCAUUUGCUCUUGAGCGUACACAUUGGUUGCAGAACGGCCCUGCUGCAGACUUUAUCGAUGCGUACGUGGACACGUUGUGUGAUACAUUGCGGGAUAUGGAGUUUUUUGAGCGCACUGUGUUCUACCAGACUGGCCAGCUUGUUCAUUUGCUUGAGAGCGUUCGCGUCAAGGCUACAAAAGCUACAAGAGCUCAGGCUGCAAGUCUAGUGCCUUCUCUUGAGCACUGGAUAAACACAUUGCAGCAAGCAUUGGAAAGCGCGCAUGAAAAGAAUAAGGACAAGUGUGAUGACCUGUGGCCAGCAGCCAGUGCUUCUUUCCACGAGCAGUGUACAGUGGAGUCACCUGUCGCUGAGGAGGCAGCAGCGUAAGGACACCUGCUCAUAAUGUACAAACGGAAGCUGCAUUGAACACGCAGUGACUCAAAUGUGGGUUGAUAAGGAUCGUUUCGGUUGAUUGAUAAUAUAGCUGAACGGAGGCUACCCGCCUCUCGUCUAAUAGAUAAUGUACAGCGUGUGCUUGCUAGCAUUACGCGCGCGUGGCGAAGCACUUGCGCAGCAACCUGCCACCGGCACAUUGGUU